AUGGAGGCAGCGGAAGAAGAGAUAAAGGAGGAGGAGGUCGAUGAAGAAGCUGCUGCGGAGGCUAAGGUCCAGGAAUAUCUUGCACGACAGGCCGAGUUAGCUUUGAUUCGGGAAGAAGUUGAGAAGGUCAAGGCAGCCGGAGAUUGGCAUGCAGAUGAGGUUUACCUCUUCGAAAGACUCUCUAUGCGCAGCUACGAGGAGGUUAUAUCUUCGGAAUGGCGGAUUGAUCUCCCGACGCUCCCUGAAGGUCUAUUCACCACUGAUCCCGAGAAGAUUUUUAUCAAGAAUAAUUGCAAUUCUAGCUACAGUGGUGUUAAGGCUCUCCAGCGCCUCCUUGUACUCGGAUAUCGCGUUCGAGACCUGUUGUGCAAUCCUGGACGACGACCUGAGAUUUUGAUUACGAGGGAGGUGAAGAGUUACAUCAAAUGGGCGGAGCGUGAUGGCGACUAUGUAAAAAGACGCUUCAUCCCAGUUCUCACUUUUGUUUCGGCUAAGCCAGGACAAACUACAGACUCUCUCAGCAACUCGAUUACCAACGAGAUGAUGUUUCUGGCUCAGAAGCACCGAGAAAAUUUGGCCAAUUCCCAAGGACAGACCGGCGCCGUAAAGUACAGGAGACGACCACCACUCCUUUAUGGAAUCAUCGUCGCUCAGUCAAUUGUCAUCUUCGUUACCCUCGACUCUGCCAAUCCCGAAGCAAAAGUCAGACAUUUGACACACUUUGACUUUACGGAUAAACGCAUGGUUGUAUGGAAUGGCUUCGCUAUUGCAUACAUAAUAACUAUGGCCAAGGACUACAUCAUUUCCAUCAGAGAUGAUCUGGAAAUUGACGAUACGCCUGACUCAGACCCGGAUGCUUGA